AUGCUCAAAUUCCCUUUCAGACGACUAUUCCACACCUCAGUCACUCAAUUAUCAGAAUUCUCCCACAUUGUCAUUGGAGGAGGCGUAGUUGGCGUUGCAACUGCUUCUGAACUUCAACAACAAACCGGCAAUAAUGUUCUCCUUGUUGAACAACAUGACACUCUAGGUCAGGAAACUACAUCGCGUAAUAGUGAAGUCAUUCAUGCCGGAUUGUACUACCCUAAAUCGAGUUUGAAGGCGCAAUUGUGUAUUGCUGGUAAAAACAAGAUUUAUCAAGCUUGGAAACUGGGUGAUUUGCCUGUUGAUUUACAACAGUGUGGAAAAUGGGUCGUAGCUCAAGAUGAAGUAGAAGAAGAAUAUUUGCACAAGUUGGGACUGAAUGCCAAAGAAUUGGAUGUACCCGUACAUUUUGUGCCCUUAGAUAAAGCUAAGCAGGACUACCCACUAAUACGAGCCAAUAGAGCCAUACUUGAAAGUCCCACUUCAGGAAUUAUAUCGGCUCAUGAGUUUGUGUCAUUCCAUGAAGCCAAUUUUGAAAACAAUGAUGGUACAGUAGGGUUGAAUAGCAAAGUGGUGGACAUUGUGCAUAACUCCGGCACUUCUAAUUAUACAGUGACCCUUGGCGUUGAUGGAGAAGCCAUUGAAAUUACCAGCGACAAUAUAGUAAACUCAGCCGGGUUAUUUGCUGCUGAUAUAGCCAAUAUGAUUCUACCUCAACAAGAUCAUUACAAUUAUUACUAUGCCAAGGGAAACUACUUUAGUUAUACGCCUGAAACUCCUAUUGGCCAACGAAUCACUGAUAAAUUGAUCUAUCCGUGUCCUAACCCCAAUGCAUCGUCAUUGGGCACUCAUUUGACUUUAGAUUUAGGUGGCCAAUUGAGAUUCGGUCCUGAUUUGGAAUGGCUAGAUGUAUCUAGUGCUAGUCAAAUUGAUUACACACCAAACCCACGCAAUUUACAACCAGCUUAUGAAGCAGUGAAACUAUAUUUUCCGGCAAUAACCCCAAACGCGUUAUCACCCUCAUAUUCGGGAGUGAGACCCAAGUUACUUUCAGCCAAGGAGAGCAAGCAAAAAUUUGCUGAUUUUGUAAUCAAAGAACAAGAGGGGUUUCCUGGGUUUGUUAAUCUAUUAGGAAUUGAAAGUCCUGGUUUGACUGCUGCUUGGGCAAUUGCCGACUAUGUAAAGAACAUAUAUCAUAAAUAG